AUGAGGCUGAAAAACACAAAAACUAUCAUCAACAGUAGCUACGGUAAAAGUAUUAUUCGUGGCAUGGCUUUUGCGGCGAAAGGAGGAGCAUCUCGCAGCAUUACGAACAGUUUCACAUCGUCGAAAAGAAGCACCAAUUUCGUUCGUUUGGCGGCGACGAACAACAAUCAUCGCUUUGCGAUGAUGACGAUGAUGUCGUCGUCGUCGUCGAGAGGACAGAAGACCACCACCGCCGCGGUCGGGAAAGGCAUGCCAGUUCCGGUUCCAGACAACGAAGAAUUGCCGUUUAGUAGAAGUGCACACAACCCGUGGGGGGAGAACGACGAGAGGUUCCUCGGGAACGACGAGGACAAGAGAGGAGGAGGAUUCAACGCGAAAUCCGUUCGACUGGUGCAGUGGUACCCGGGACACAUCGCUCGAGCGGAACGGUUACUCCGAGAUCAGUUGAAAAACGUAGACUGCGUGGUGGAAGUUCGGGAUUUGAGGAUACCGUUGGCGACGAGCCACCCGGACGUGGCCGCUUGGGUCGGGAGCAGUCGGGAUAACAGUAAUAACAACGCUAAUAACUCUUCUUCUGGUAAACUUCACAUAACCGUUUUGAAUCGGUCGGAUAUGGUGGACGAGCAAGAAAGAGCGAAGUGGGUUUCCUAUUUUAAACACAAAAUGAAAGAGAGACACGUGAUUGUGACCGACGCGAAAUCUGGUCGCGGAGUCGAGCAGGUGAAGAAAAUCGCGCUCAGCGUAGCGAAGGAGGUGAACGAAAAGCGGAUUCAGAAAGGUUUAUUGGCGAGACCGGUGAGAACUGCGGUGGUUGGGUACCCAAAUGUAGGGAAAUCGGCGUUGAUUAAUCGAUUGGUUGGGAAGAAAGCGUGCGCAUCCGCGCCGCGACCGGGGGUGACCAGAGAUUUGAGAUGGGUGCGAGUGAGCGAGGAGAUUGACUUGUUGGAUUCUCCCGGAGUAUUACCGCCGAGAAUGAGUGAUCAAGACGCCGCGAAUCGAUUGGCGAUGGCAAACGACAUCGGCGAGGCGUCGUACAAAGCGAGCGAGGUCGCCGCGAGGUUGUUUGAGGAGAUGAAAAUGUUGCCGAGUUGGAGGAGAGAGAAAGGGAACAUCGGAAACGUUCUCAUGAAGAGGUACAAGAUGUCCGCGAAAGAGGUGGAGGAGAUGAACGGGGACAUGUUCAUCGAGAAGAUUGCCCUGAGCACUUGCGGUGGGGAUUUCGAGAGAGCUGGCGCGAAGGUUUUGAACGAUUUUAGGGGUGGUUUUUUAGGAAAGUUUUGUUUAGAAGUGACGCCGGCGCGGUAA